AUGCCGAACGAUGGAAGACCCCCGGUGUCGGAAUCAUCGGCGAGCGGGAAUACUGGUACUCCUACAGGAUCGAUAACGGGGCAUAUUCCUGGAUACAACAUGAUAAAUGUUGAUUUUUUCGACUCGAAACAGCAGACCUUUUUGAGAUGGCUGCAACGGUUGGAAGGAGCCUUUCGAGUAUUUCGAAUCCAGGAAGGUGAAGAGAAGGUCGCUUAUUUACUACACUUUAUUGGUGUAGAAGCAUUUGGAAACCUUUGCGACCGUUUAGAUCCAGAAGAUCCAUACCAAUUAGCAUAUGCUGACCUGGUAAAUAAAUUAAAAGAAUAUUACGCCCCGGAACCAUUGGGGAUCGCAGAAAUUUAUAUUUUCCGGAAAAGGCUACAACAACCUGAAGAAAGCGUCCAAGAGUAUAUGGCAGCAUUACAGAAGCUGUCAUUACACUGCAAAUUUGGGGAAUAUCUCAAAACGGAACUUCGCAAUCAGUUUGUUUUUGGAUUGCGAAACCAACGAAUACAAGGACGGUUGUUGGAAACAGCGAACUUAACUAUGGAAUCAGCCUUGAAGACAGUCAGCGGAAUGGAGUUGGCGGAAAAGGGCGUUAGCGAGCUCAAAACAGAGGCCGCAGUUGCGGUGGAUUUCGUCGGAGCGGGUGCUAAGGCGGUCAAGAAGACGGCGGACAAGGAGGCCAAAUCGAAGGGACAACACAAAAAUUAUAAAUACGGGAAAAAUAAUUUUACUAGUGGAAGCAACCAUCUGGCGCCUAAUUGCACUCUGCCUCGACACGUAAAAUGUCAUGAGUGUGGAGGUUUAGGACACUUGCAAAAAGUAUGCAAAAAGAAAAAUCAAACGCGGUUAUUGGAAGAAAUGUACAAAUUAGAGCAAAUGGAACAUGCACAUCUAAGAGAUAAGUUCACGGUCUCUCUUCACCUGGAAAAUAAGAAAGUCGCUUUUGAGGUCGACUGGGGUGCGGCAGUUACACUGGUAAGCGAACAGUGGAUACAACGCGAAUUUCCGCGAUUAAAGUUACAUAAAACGGAAUUAAGACUACGCUCAUACUGUAAAAAACAUUUUGCGCCAUUGGGAUAUGUAAGAGUUCGAGUUUGUGACGUAGAUAGAGUACGCGAAUUGAAUAUGUACGUAGUUAGAUAUAAUCGAGAUCCUUUAUUAGGACGGGAAUGGAUUAACCAGUUAAAAUUAUUGGAGAAGGUUAAAUCCAGUUUAAAUGAAAUGGAAGACAUUAAAUCACUCGAAGUCAGCGGACAAGAUCUAUUAGAUAAACUGUUUAAGAAAUAUCCUAAUGUAGUAAGCGAAGAAUUUUCGUUCAUACAGCAUGUGGAAGCACACUUAAAGGUGAAAGAUAAUGCAAAACCGGUAUUUUUAAAAAGUCGAGCAGUUUCAUUUAAGUUAAAAGAAAAAAUAGAAGUAGAAUUAGACAACAUGGUUAAAUCGGGAAUUUUAGAAAAAGUAGAAUCAUCAAAAUGGGCUACGCCUAUCGUGCCGGUAUUAAAAAAGAACGGACAGAUCCGAAUCUGCGGUGAUUUUAGCGUCACGGUUAACCCACUAUUAAUUGUGGACGAACAUCCCUUACCUACUAUCGAAGAACUGUUUGCGUCUAUGGCCGGUGGAAAAUUAUUUUCAAAAAUUGAUUUAAAGCAAGCGUAUUUGCAAUUAUUAUUAGCCGAAUCGGAUAGAGAAAUGUUAACCUUAAAUACACAUAAGGGGUUAUACAAAUGCAAUCGGUUAAUGUACGGAGUGGCAUCGGCACCGGCGAUAUGGCAACGAACAAUAGAAAAUAUUUUAAACGGAAUUCCAGGAACUGCGGUAUUUUUAGACGAUAUAAGAGUUUCAGGGAAGAAUCUGGAAGAACAUAUGAAAAGAUUGGAAUUAGUUUUGAAUUGA